CCGACGGUGGCAACAGAAGAUGGCUGUGAGGUGGUGGUGGUGCUGGGCUGCCGAAGUGUGUGUGAGUGCUGGCUAGGGGCCGUACUGUAGUAGAUGCCGUUGGAACCCCUUCCAGGCAACAGUAGUGACCGUUCUGCAGUGGUGGUGCGAAAGCGGGGCUCCAAGAAGAUGAUAUUUCAAGUGUCUGCGGGCGAGUUAUCCUCGGAGAUGUUAAAUAUAUCUAAGAAAUCAGCUUCUUGCUUUGUGAACUUCUCCAGACUACAGCAGAUGACAAACAUUCAAGCUGAAAUCUACCAGAAAAACCUGGAAAUUGAACUUUUAAGACUAGAAAAAGAUGCAGCAGAUGUUAUUCAUCCUUCCUUUUUGGCUCAGAAGUGUAAUGCUCUGCAAAACAUGAAUAAUCAUUUGGAAGCGGUGCUAAAAGAAAAGAGGUCCCUGCGGCAAAGACUGUUGAAACCCAUGUGCCAGGAAAACUUGCCUAUUGAAGCUGUUUAUCACAGAUACAUGGUACAUUUGCUGGAGUUGGCAGUGACUUUCAUUGAAAGAUUAGAAAACCAUCUGGAAACAAUUAGAAAUAUCCCUCAUUUAGAUGAAAAUCUAAAGAAAAUGAGCAAGGCUUUAGCAAAAAUGGAUAUUUUGGUGACUGAGACAGAAGAACUGGCAGAGAAUAUACUCAAGUGGCAAGAACAACAAAAGGAAGUUUCCUCUUGUAUCCCCAAAAUACUAGCUGAAGAAAAUUAUCUUCAUAAACAUGAUGCUAUAAUGCCAUCUUUACCUUUUACUUCUAAAGUUCAUAUCCAAACUGUUAAUGCCAAGUGAUUGUCAAUGGUUUAUUUUUGCUUAAUUACAUAUAGUCAUGCAAAGUC